GAUAGGAUGAAGACUGACUUCGGAAAUGACUUAACGAGGUUGAUGAAUCACAUGAGAACGGAGGCAGAGAACGCCGAGGUCACGAAACACUGCAACGACGGUGUAUGGAACAAUGGCGACGCCGCGGGCGUCGCUAACAAAACAGCAUGCAAGCUGGUCGCAGCAGGACUGCAUCAUAUAUCCAAUAUUAAACAUACAUAUAAACCCCAGAAGAAUAAUGGGGAUUAUAAUCCCUACGAUAAUCAGGAGUUCCAUCAAUUCGUUUCUUGCUUAUGGUUAAAGAGGGUUGUUCAAGAAAUGGAAAAAAGAAGUAUAAGUUGCGACAUAAAGGAAGGGAUAAAAAAGGGUUCUAAAGCAUGGAACACUAUUAAAGAAACUCAUUGCAAAAAUCAACCUUGCAUUGAGUGCAAUUUGGAAGACGACUACGGGAAGCUGGACACUUGCCAAGUUGGCAGUGACAGUGCCAAUGUGAAGGAGAAAUUCAUUGACUUGCUCACGAAGGACAAAACGACCGAAGCCGAUUCCACCCUCCAGGAAUUACUGAAAACAGACAAAAACGGCUCACUUUGUCAACGUUUACAAUGCUUAGCAUCCAGAGUUGAAGCACUUAAAAAAGAUCCCUCGAGCAAUGCG